AUGGCAAUAAUGAUCUGUUACUAUUUUCUGAUUGGAAAACUGGAUGGUGUUCAUGUAGGCUUUUUGAUUGGAUCAGUAGAAAAGGUAGAAGAGGAAAAUGAUUUAGCAGAUAUUUCAAAAUUGUGUCAAUUACUUGAUAAACUAUUUGGAAUAUUUUGGGAUAAAUUUGAUGAUGAAUCAUUUUAUGGAGCAAGAUUAUUAUUUGAACAACAGCAUCAAAAAUUUAAAUUUAUAGAAACGCUGUUAACAGUUCCAAAUGAUCGUGUACCUCCUGCAUUAAAUUAUUCUUUCAAUUCUGUUCUGUCACCAAAUCAAACAUUUCAUACUAAUUUCCAUACCACUGUCAAGGGUGACAAUGAUGAAAUAAAAGGAAUGGAAGAUGAGGAAACUUGUAAAUUAUUAUUUAUUCAUAUCAUACCAAAUACUUUUAUUGUUGAUAAAUAUCAAUUAGAUGACUCAAAUGACAUAAAUGAUAAUAAAAGGAUUGAAAUAUUUGGUGAAAUGAAUCUAGAAAGUCCAGUUGGUGAUAAAUCAUUAAGAUGGGGCAACGUUGCAAUUAUUAAUCCGUUAUUUUCACAAACACCAUUACCAUUAUCACUUUUUUAUAAUAAUAAAAGAAAACAAAUUAAAUAUAUUCUACCCAUACAACAAAACCAUUGGCCAAUAGAAUUAGUUAAAGUACCAAUUGGUCAAUUGAAUCAUUUAAAGAUUGUUGAACUAUGGACAAUAUUAGUUGUUCUAAUUGGAAGUUUUUGGAUUUUUUGGACUGUUUCAAAAAAAAUUGCUGCUAAAAACGCGCAAGAUAAAAAUAAAAUUGAUUAA